AUGUCGUCCCAAGAAGAACCCAUCCUCGUCGAAUACCGCGGCAAGCUCGCCAUAAUCACCCUCGAUGUCCCCAAGAAACUCAACGCCCUCAGCGGCGAAGCAUACUACAAGCUCGCGCGCGCCAUGUACGAAGUUGCCGAGCACGACGAAGUCUUCAUCACCGUCUUGACAGGCAAAGGACGAUUCUUUUCUGCCGGUGCAGACGUCUCCUUCGGCGGCACAACCGACCCCUCCGCCAUCGACGAGCGCCAACAAUGGCUCCGCAGCUUCGUCGCCAACAACCUGCACAUCACCCAUGCCUUCUACACGCACCCCAAGAUCCUCGUCACCGCGCUCAACGGUCCUGCAGUCGGCCUGAGCGCCGCGCUCGUUGCUUUCUCAGACUUCAUUUACGCGGCUCCGCACACGUUUUUGCUCACCCCGUUUUCUAGCCUGGGUCUGGUGACCGAGGGCAAUGCGUCGAUUGGCUUCGUACAGCGCCUGGGUAUCUCGAAGGCGAACGAGGCGCUGAUUAUGAGCAAGCGGAUUACGUGUGAGGAGCUGGUGCAGGUCGGGUUUGUGAACAAGGUAUUUGACGUCGGGGGUAAGGACAACAGCGAUAAAUUCCUCGCAGAGGUGUUGAAGGAGGUGGAUGAGCGGCUGGGCGACCACCUCAACGGCGAGAGUCUGGUCAAGAUUAAGGAGUUGAUUCAGAAGCCAAUGCGCGAAAAGCUGGAUCGGCAGGGUGUGGAUGAGGUGUUUGCGGGCAUGAAGAGAUUUCUGAAAGGUGUGCCGCAGGAGGAGUUUAGGAAGAUUGCGAGCGGGGAGAAGAAGCAUAAACUGUAG